UUCCUGAUAACACUCAACUGGCAGUCUGGUGAUUUGAGCGUCAGUGGCUGACAACAACAGAGGCAGGGCAGAGUGCACACUGCCAGCUACACACACAGCCAACUACACACGCAGACUAACAGCUACACACAGCCAGCUAUACACAGCCAACUAUACACACACUGCCAGCUCCACACACAGACUAACAGCUACACACAGCCAGCUACACACAUCCAACUAUACACAUGACCAGCUACACCCGCAGACUAAUAGCUAGAAGAACAACAGAAGCCUUAUGGAAUAUCAGCGUUGUCUGACAGAAGAAUAGAGAGUCACUGGCAACAGGACAACAUUCUGGGGAACCGCAACAGCCUCUUUUGAGCAUCAAUAUGCUGUCCUUCUGCAGUUGGUCAGGUUGAAGUAUCACCAAACGCCUUCAGGUUGAAGCUCCUCCUGGUAGAGUCUGAGGGGCGAUGGGGAACACAGCCACUAAAUUCCGCAAGGCUCUGAUCAACGGUGACGAGGGUCUGGCCUAUCAGCUGUAUGAGGGGAGCCCCCAGUUUAAAGAGAGCCUGGACCCCAACACUUCAUAUGGCGAACCCUACCAGCACAACACUCCUCUGCACUACGCCGCCAGGCACGCCAUGACACGUCUCAUCAGGUCCUUUCUCUUCAGUAAGGACGGCAACCCCAACAAGCGUAACGUUCACAAUGAGACGUCCCUCCAUCUCCUCUGUAUGGGCCCCCAGAUCCUAAUGGGGGAGGGGCCUCUGCAGCCGCGGCUGGCCCGGCCAGAGCUGGACGAGAUGAAGAGGGCAGAGUGUCUCCAGAUCAUCCUGAAAUGGACCGGAGCCAAGCUGGACCAGGGAGAGUAUGAGAACGCCAACGUCAACUCCACUGACAACAAGAAGAAUACAUCGCUGCACUACGCAGCCGCCUCGGGGUUGAAGAAGUGUGUUGAGAUUCUAGUAAAUAGGGAAGCGGACCUGUUUGCGGAGAAUGAAGACCGUGAGACGCCGUGUGACUGUGCAGAGAAGCAGCAUCACAAGGAGCUGGCCCUCAGCCUGGAGUCUCGGAUGGUCUUCAGCCUGGCCCCAGAGAGCAUAGAGGCAGAGUACACUGCUCUGGACCACAGAGAGAUAUACGAGGGUCUGAGGCCUCAGGAGCUGCGUCGUCUGAAGGACAUGCUGAUAGUGGAGACGGCAGACAUGCUGCAGACCCCUCUCUUUACUGCUGAGGCUCUGCUUAGAGCACAUGACUGGGACAGGGAGAACCUGCUGGAGGCCUGGAUGUCUAACGCUGAGGAAUGCUGCCAGCGGUCUGGGGUCCACAUGCCCAGUGCUCCUCCUAGUGGGCACAACGCCUGGGACACCCUGCCGUCCCCUCGUACCCCCAGGACCACCCGCUCCUCCAUCACCUCCCCUGACGAGAUCAGCCUCUCCCCCGGGGACGACGAAAGGACACCGUGUGGUAUCUGUAUGUGCCCCCUCUCUAUCUUCGAGGAACCGGUUCACAUGUCGUGUGGUCACGAGUUCUGCCGAGCAUGCUGGGAAGGGUUUCUGAAUCUGAAGAUUCAGGAAGGGGAGGCUCACAACAUCUUCUGCCCGGCGCACGACUGCUUCCAGCUGGUUCCCGUGGAGGUCAUAGAGAGUGUCGUCUCCAGAGAGAUGGACAAGCGCUACCUGCAGUUCGACAUCAAGGCGUUUGUGGAGAACAACCCAGCUAUCCGCUGGUGUCCCAAGGCGGGCUGUGAGCGGGCGGUGCGUCUCUCAUCCCGGGGUCCAGGUAGCAGCUCCUCGGACCCGUUCAGUCUACCUCUCCUCAGAGCGCCCGCUGUGGACUGUGGCAAGGGACACGUCUUCUGUUGGGAGUGCCAGGGAGAAGCCCAUGAACCAUGCGACUGCCAGACAUGGAAGAUGUGGCUGGCUGAAGUGACUGAGAUGAGACCCCAGGAAUUGGCUGGUGUGAGUGAAGCCUAUGAAGAUGCAGCCAACUGCUUGUGGUUACUGUCCAACGCCAAACCCUGCGCCAACUGCAAGUCUCCUAUUCAGAAGAACGAAGGCUGCAACCACAUGCAGUGUGCUAAGUGUAAGUAUGACUUCUGCUGGAUCUGUCUGGAGGAAUGGAAGAAACACAGCUCGUCUACUGGAGGUUACUACCGCUGUACCCGCUAUGAGGUCAUCAACCAGGUGGAGGAGCAGAACAAAGACAUGACUGUGGAGGCUGAGAAGAAGCACAAGGGAUUCCAGGAACUGGACCGCUUCAUGCAUUACUACACCCGCUUCCAGAACCAUGAACACAGUUACCAGCUGGAGCAGCGCCUGUUGAAGACCGCCAAAGACAAGAUGGAACAGCUGAGCAGAGCCUUGAGUGGACGAGACGGAGGCCCGCCUGACACUACGUUCAUUGAAGACGCUGUACUGGAGCUGCUGAAGACGCGUCGCAUCCUCAAGUGCUCUUACCCCUACGGCUUCUUCCUGGAGAUCAAAUCCACCAAGAAAGAGAUUUUUGAACUUAUGCAGACUGACUUGGAGAUGGUGACAGAGGACCUAGCUCAGAAAGUCAACCGUCCUUACCUCCGAACUCCCCGUCACAAGAUCAUCCGAGCGGCCUGUUUGGUGCAGCAGAAGAGACAGGAGUUCCUGGCCUCCGUCGCCCGGGGGGUGGCCCCCAGCGACUCCCCAGAGGCCCCUAGACGCAGUUUUGGAGGUGGCACGUGGGACUGGGAGUAUUUGGGCUUUGCAUCUCCUGAGGAGUAUGCAGAGUUUCAGUACCGGAGGAGACACAGGGAUCGUCAGCAGAGGAGACAGAGAGGGGACAUUCCCCAUCUUGACGAGCGUAGCGACAGCACUUUAGACACACAGGAAAUGGGAGGUGGGCGAAGACAUGGUCCCCCCAUGGGCUCAUUGGACGAGGACGAUCCCAACAUCCUAUUGGCUAUCCAGCUGUCACUCCAAGAGUCUGGGUUGGCGACGGCCGGGGACACUCCAGAGUUGUUGUCCAAUGAGGCGUCCCUGGGGGCCAUCGGCACCUCCCUCCCGUCCAGACUGGACGCGGAGUCCCAGAGGGUGGAGGUGGGGCCCCGGGGGGCCAUCAGCAGCCAACGCCUCUAUGAAGGGGUUUCAGGGGUCUAUGCAUUACACCACCACCACCCAUCCCAGCAGCACUACAGCAACCACAAUCUCAACCCGUUCAGGGAGCCUUCUUCAGGCCAGGCUCUGUUCUCGUCCUCCAAUGGUACUGCGGACUCCACUACCACCGCAUCAACAGGGCUCCAGGACCCCUCACACCCAAACACCAACCUGCUGGGUAACAUCAUGGCCUGGUUCCAUGACAUGAACCCUCAGAGCAUCACCCUCAUCCCCUCCACCACCACCACCUCCUCAGACACAGACCUAGACUUCAACACGGCAGCACAGACCACGGCCAACACAGCCUCCGAGGUGGAGGAGGAGGAGGUCCAAGCUGACCUCCACCAGCCCCGUGCCAAGCCCCAGAAAGGUGAGGGCGAGCUGGGGGAAGAUGUGGACUGUUUCCCCUUCCUCUCUCAGGGCCUGGAGGAGAAGGAGGCUGAGAGCGAGAGACCCACCCAUCUAGACCUGACGGUGGGGUCAGAGGUCAUGGCCCCGUCCUACAUGAUGACUACCGGGACAGGGGACCGGGCCGGGGAGAGGCUCGCUGGGGGUAACGUUGUUCACGUUGACACGCCCAUGUGUGACUCUGUGACCUCUGACCUUCUGCCUAGCACCAGCUCUUCAGAAUGGGAGGAGCAGAUACACCUUGUCUGAUUGGUGGAAAAAAAAUAUUAAGUGGGGAUGGAGGAGAUACACCUGGUCUGAUUUAUGAUUGGAGGAAAAUUCCGAGUUGGUGGAGCAAAUCCACCUGUUUAUGACUCUGAUUGGAGGAAACAUAUGAGAUGGGAGGAGCAAAAUCUCCUGGUCUGAUAGAAGACAGAAGCCUUCAGAGGGGUCAAACCACUGACAUGCAGAGAGAGAGCGAGAGAGGACCAAUCCUGACUGAGAGGGGACAUUACCAAGUAGCCAGUGAUGGUGUUGGGGGGAAUUUAAUCCUGACUUGAUUGUAGUGUUAGGAGGAGAUAUAUUAUGAUCUCUUUCUAGUGUUUACAAGUACACAUCAAACACUUGAUAGCUGGUCUAUACUGGCAUGAGAUGCCCCCCCCCCCUCGGGUGAACGACGGACGGAGGACUGGAUGGACUCCUCAGAAGCGAGAUGGAAGGUGUUUGACUGGGUGUUGUUGGUAUUAUAUUACCCACAAUGGAUAUUUGCUGAAAAAAAGAAUGACGAUCAAGUUGCUUCUCUCAGAUGAUCUGUUUUAGAUUACAACAUGAGGUGAUUAUACUGCAUUAUUAUAGUGAAUACAUUUUGCAGGAGUUUUUGAUCUAGAAUUUUUUUGUUUGUUGAUAUUGAUGAUCAUAUUCUUAAAUGUUUUCUGCUGAAAUAUACUGUAUUGUGUUUGGACUUGGUUCUGAGGGAGGCUGUAGUAGGCUGUACAGGAGAGUUCUGAGGGAGGCUGUACAGGAGAGUUCUGAGGGAGGCUGUACAGGAGAGUUCUGAGGGAGGCUGUAGUAGGCUGUACAGGAGAGUUCUGAGGGAGGCUGUAGUAGGCUGUACAGGAGAGUUCUGAGGGAGGCUGUACAGGAGAGUUCUGAGGGAGGCUGUAGUAGGCUGUACAGGAGAGUUCUGAGGGAGGCUGUAGUAGGCUGUACAGGAGAGUUCUGAGGGAGGCUGUAGUAGGCUGUACAGGAGAGUUCUGGGGGAGGCUGUAAUCAGCUGUACAGGAGAGUUCUGAGGGAGGCUGUAAUCAGCUGUACAGGAGAGUUCUGAGGGAGGCUGUAGUAGGCUGUACAGGAGAGUUCUGAGGGAGGCUGUACAGGAGAGUUAUGAGGGAGGCUGUAAUCAGCUGUACAGGAGAGUUCUGAGGGAGGCUGUAAUCAGCUGUACAGGAGAGUUCUGAGGGAGGCUGUAAUCAGCUGUACAGGAGAGUUCUGAGGGAGGUUAUAAUCAGCUGUACAGGAGAGUUCUGGGGGAGGCUGUAAUCAGCUGUACAGGAGAGUUCUGAGGGAGGUUAUAAUCAGCUGUACAGGAGAGUUCUGGGGGAGGUUGUAAUCAGCUGUACAGGAGAGUUCUGAGGGAGGUUAUAAUCAGCUGUACAGGAGAGUUCUGAGGGAGGUUAUAAUCAGCUGUACAGGAGAGUUCUGGGGGAGGUUGUAAUCAGCUGUACAGGAGAGUUCUGAGGGAGGUUAUAAUCAGCUGUACAGGAGAGUUCUGAGGGAGGUUAUAAUCAGCUGUACAGGAGAGUUCUGGGGGAGGUUGUAAUCAGCUGUACAGGAGAGUUCUGAGGGAGGUUAUAAUCAGCUGUACAGGAGAGUUCUGGGGGAGGCUGUAAUCAGCUGUACAGGAGAACAAAUGCUGUGCUGCCUGCUUCUAGUAGUGUUGUUAUCCCAAUAUAACAGUGUACAGUCUGACUCAGCAGAAAAACCUAGCUCUCAGUCCCGUCCAGAUCUGCCUAAUGUUUCUGUAAAUUGUUAGGUGUCAAACACUGGCUAACAAAAGCACAGUUUGUAAUCACUAAGUGGACUCCAAAAACGAAUUGUGCCUGCUUAGAUCUAUUCCAUGUUGUUGUACUGAACCCAUUAGAAGACAGUCUGACUGACAGCCUGAUGUAUGUCAAGUAUUCAUGAAGAUGGACGAGGCUAGAAGACUGUCUUCGUGAAGAUGGACGAGGCUAGAACCCAUUAGAAGACAGUCUGACUGACAGCCUGAUGUAUGUCAAGUAUUCAUGAAAAUGGACGAGGCUAGAACCCAUUAGAAGACAGUCUGACUGACAGCCUGAUGUAUGUCAAGUAUUCAUGAAAAUGGACGAGGCUAGAACCCAUUAGAAGACAGUCUGACUGACAGCCUGAUGUAUGUCAAGUAUUCAUGAAAAUGGACGAGGCUAGAACCCAUUAGAAGACAGUCUGACUGACAGCCUGAUGUAUGUCAAGUAUUCAUGAAAAUGGACGAGGCUAGAACCCAUUAGAAGACAGUCUUCAUGAAGAUGGACGAGGCUAGAACCCAUUAGAAGACUGUCUUCGUGAAGAUGGACGAGGCUAGAACCCAUUAGAAGACUGUCUUUGUGAAGAUGGACGAGGCUAGAACCCAUUAGAAGACUGUCUUCGUGAAGAUGGACGAGGCUAGAACCCAUUAGAAGACUGUCUUCAUGAAGAUGGACGAGGCUAGAACCCAUUAGAAGACUGUCUUCGUGAAGAUGGACGAGGCUAGAACCCAUUAGAAGACUGUCUUCGUGAAGAUGGACGAGGCUAGAACCCAUUAGAAGACUGUCUUCGUGAAGAUGGACGAGGCCAGUAGCCCUGAUGGGACAAUAGAGAGGAACAAUCUCCUGCUGUUCACUCCAAUCGGAAGACAACAGUAGUUAAGAGGAGAAUUGUAAUCAGAUACGUUGUUCAUGUUUUUUACCUAAUAAUGAUGUCACUGGUUCAUUCUGAACUAUUAUAGGGCUGCUUUCUCAGACGACCCCUUGGUCCUGGACUGAACAUCACUUUCAAUGGAGAAUGUCCAUUCACCACUGCUCUCUUAGCCCAGAACUAGGUUUAGGCCGAAUGAGGAAACCGUCCCGUUUUAUAAAGAUAUAUAUAUAAAUCUGUUACGAAAGUUUUAAGCCUUGAUGGGACUCAGCACUACAGUAGAGGGGUUCAGUGGGUCGUAAAAAAUGGUUCUCUACGCAAUUCAUUGCAGUGCCUUUUUAUGUCAAUCUUUUUAAAUGUAUUGCCACAUUUUACAGAGGUCUUA